UAUGAUAAUUUGUAUACACGGCUCUCCGCUUUAUGACUGUCUCCUUGAGCUAACGCUUUCGAAGUUUAGAUCAAUAUCUUCAAAGCUUUUAAAAGCAUGAUUGGAACAUGGCGUCCACUCUUUUCAUUCCUACGGCAAGGCACCAAGAUUUACGCUUCCAGAAAUUUGUCCACCUUGACUCGUGUUUGUAGCAAUUUAUCGAACUACAACCGGAGCGCCUCAUACAUGACAGACACCAAGAAAGGCACCAUUCUGGACCGAUUGAAUGCAGGCGAUAUAAUUGUCGGUGAUGGGGGCAUGACGUUUUGCUUAGAAAAGCGAGGAUAUGUGAAAGCAGGACCAUGGACCCCGGAAUGCACUGUGGAAAGUCCGGAAGCUGUUCGUCAGGUGCAUCGCGAAUUUCUUCGCGCCGGAGCUGAUGUCAUUCAAGCUUUUACAUUUUCUAUGGAUGAUGAAGUCAGUGAUGAGAAGGUAUUUUUGACCUCCAUUUUUAAUUUUUAUCUAGUAAAUUUAUGAACACACCUAGUUCGCCUUGGAAAUCCGCCUACCUUCAAAAAGAUUCUUCUGAUGACCUCAGAUCUGUGCAACUGCGCACCCACCCCUCC